AUGGCGAAGCCGCCAAGAGGAGAUGAACGAACCUGGCAAAGAGAGAGGCCCCGACUUGACUUGACCCAAGGAGAUCGCCGGCGUAACGUAACUGCAGUGCAGGGGAAUCCGGUAGCCGGAAGCAGGGCAGACGUCUACCGGCAGGACGCAGUGGCGGCGUUCUCUUCUCUCUCCCUAGUCCCUACUGGCGUGGAGCCGUGGAGGGAGUCUGGACGGGACGGAAGGGGGACGAAUGAAAGGAAGGAGGAGGCGGGUGGCGUGUGA